CUAAGGAUCCCUAUUUACGCGCGCCAAGUGGGAAAAUAUACUUUUCAAUCUUCGGACGUUCAUUAGCUUUCUCCCGAGGGUUUUGGGGUUUAUCAUGAAUCUUUAGAUUCAAAAUCUGUUUGGUCAUGUGGUGAAUCUAUUUGCCAUUUUCAAAAGUCUGCUUAAUUUUUUUUCUUUGGAGGACAACAAUGGAGACUCGUCCGUUUAGGUCAAUGAGUAGCCUUGCACUCACUUCUUCAGUACCAAACCCUUCAGUCAACGCAGACAUAUCCUUCAGUUCAGAACACAAUCAAUCCAUGGCAAGCCCCUAUCAUUUGCUCUCUGCUAAUGGUGGAGCAGUUGGUCAUAUCAUGGCUUCUCACAUUGGAAGCAGCAGUGACACACCAUUCAUCUCUGAGAUAUUAGAUUGGGAUCAUCCAGACCUUUUCGAUUUUCCUUUGGAUAUUCCCAUUCAAACCAAUCAAAUGGAUGACAUUUUGGCAGAAUUGGAUGAAGAAUUGAUUACUGAUGAUGAGAAUCCAUUAAUGUAUGCUCUCUUGAACGAUCUUUUCCUCGACACAAGUUCCACCUCUGCUGCUUCCAAGGUCCAGGAACCAACUAUGCAAUCGCAGAUUCAACAACCCCAAGUUGUUCUGCACCAGACUUCUCCGAUUGUUAGGACUGUAUCCUCAAACAGUUUCACCAGUAAUAAUACUGCGGCUGCUAAGGGACGUGUGCGUUGGACCCCAGAGCUUCAUGAAACUUUUGUUGAGGCUGUUAACCAGCUUGGUGGCAUGGAAAACGCAAAACCCAAGGCGGUGCUGAAGCAUAUGAAAGUCCAAGGCCUGACUAUAUAUCAUGUCAAAAGUCACUUGCAGAAAUAUAGGACAGCUAGACAUGUACCAGAACCAUCAGAAGCAGGUUGGCGAGAGAAGAAGUUGACACCGGUUGAGCAUGUUACAUCUCUUGAUACGAAAAGUGGGAUGUAUAUAUCUGAGGCGCUGAGAAUUCAGAUGGAAGUUCAGAAGCAACUGCAUGAGCAGCUCGAGAUUCAAAGGAAGAUGCAACUUCAGAUAGAAAAACAGGGAAAGGCACUUGUCAUGAUGAUUGAGAAGCAAAAUAUGGAGUUUGGCAAACCUGAACAAGAAGAAGAGGCAGAGGCAGAUUCUCGGAGAUCAAAGCGUCCAAGAAAAGGUUGAAUGAAGACAAGGUUUCUCGGAAUGAUAGAUGUUGAUGAUGAUAAAACUGAAAAUGGUGUUUUUGGUGAAGCUUGUAGAGUUUUGACUUAUUAGAAGAAGACUAGGAGCUUUCUUUUUUCUUAUUAGGGAAACUAUUUUUUCGUUGAUAAAAAAAAAAAAGAAAAAAAAAAAAGGAAACUAUUUUUUCUUA